GAAGAGGUAGAUAACGCAAGAACGAGUGGCACUGUGUUACAACCGCCGUCUUCUUCCACCUAAUGGAAAAGGCAUUUCUAUGUUGUCGAUGCACAGACCUUGCCGCCAAUCUCUUCGCUGAGCACCCAAAUCAAUCUUCUCUCCGCCUCAAACUACUACCAUCCAUCAAAUCCUCAGCCGCCGCCGCCGCCGCCGCCGCCGGACCUAUCUUUCUCGCCCAAAAAUCCAACCCCAAACCAUCUGCUCGACCACCACCACCACCACCAUCACCUGCAACUCCUAUUACCAAUGGCGACCUCCAAGAAGCCAUCGCUGCGGUGGAACGUGGCAUCCCCAUCGAGUCCCGCACCUACAUCUCCCUCCUCCAGUCCUGCAUCGACUCCGACUCCAUCGGCCUGGGCUGCCGCCUCCACGCUUCCAUCUCCUCCGUGCGGGACCGCGACGUCUUUGUGGACACCAAGCUCGUCAGCAUGUAUGCGAAAUGCGGCAGCUUGGACGACGCCCGACGCGUGUUCGACGGAAUGGGCCAACGUAACCUCUUCGCCUGGUCGGCCAUGAUCGGCGCCUACGUCCGUGAGCAUCGGUGGAGUGAGGUCCUCGACUUGUUCUUCGACAUGAUGCGCGAAGGCGUUGUCGUCCCUGAUGGAUACUUGCUUCCGAGGAUAUUGCAGGCCUGCUCUAACACUGGCAAUUUGGAUGUGGGGAGGCUGCUCCACUCCCUUGCCGUCAAAACGGGACUUUUGAAUUCGUCAGGAGCAUUCUAUUUGAGCAAUACAGUGCUUUCAAUGUAUGCCAAGUGCGGUGAACUGGAGAUGGCCACUAAGUUCUUUGAGGGGAUGGGUAAGCGAGAUAGUGUUUCGUGGAAUUCAAUCAUUACUGGCCAUUGCCAAUGGAGUGAACAUGAAGUUGCUAUGAGGCUAUUUGCUAGGAUGAGAGCCGAAGGGAUUGAACCAAGCCCGAUCACUUGGACCAUAUUGAUAACUGGCUACCAUCAAUCUGGUAAGCCAGAACUUGCCAUGGAACUUAUGGAGCAGAUGAAGCGUUCUGGAACUGUGCCAGAUGUUUUUACUUGGACAAGCAUGAUUUCAGGGCUCACCCAGAAUGGGAGGACAGAUGAAGCCUUGAGUUUCUUUCAUGAGAUGCAAUUUUCAGGAGUGAACCCAAACAGUAUGAGCGUCGCCUGUGCUCUCUUUGCUUGUGCUUCUUUGCAAGCAUUGAACAAAGGAAAGGAACUCCACUCGUAUGCAUUUAAACUUGGAGGCUCACACAGCAUUCUGGUGGGGAAUUCUUUGAUUGAAUUGUAUGCAAAAUGUGAUAGACUUGCGGAUGCUCAAAAGAUUUUUGAUGGGAUGCUGGAGAAAGAUGUUUUCAGUUGGAAUUCAAUGAUUGGAGGUUACACACAAGCUGGUUAUUGUGGUAAAGCUUACGAACUGUUCUCAAGGAUGGAGAGUUUGGGUGUGCCCCGAAAUGUAGUAACUUGGAACAUCAUGAUCUCGGGGUUCAUUCAGAAUGAGGAUGAGGACCAGGCCAUGGAGCUUUUUCACAUGAUGGAAGUAGAUGGCAUUAAAAGAAACACAGCUACAUGGAACACACUCAUUGCUGGUUCAUUGCAGAAUGGUGACACAAAAAAGGCCUUCAGAAUAUUCAAACUGAUGCAGACACUCAUGGUACGCCAUAAUUCGGUCACCUUCCUCAGCAUCCUGCCAGCGUGUACAAAUCUGUUAUCUGAAUUAAACGUAAAAGAAAUCCAUUCUUGUAUAUUACACAGCGAUUUACAAGGUGAUACAGCAAUUGCAAAUGCUCUCAUAGACGCUUACUCAAAGUCUGGAAAUAUAGAAAAUGCUUGGGUAGUAUUCAAUGGUCUCUCAUCAAGGGAUCUCAUCACAUGGAACUCUAUGAUUUCUGCACUUGUUGUAUAUGGAUAUUCUCAUGAAGCUCAAGAUUUGUUUCAACAAAUGAAACAGGAAGGCAUUAAUCCAAAUGAAGCAAUUUUUGUCAGUAUGAUCAAUGCCUAUGCUCUCGAUGAAUUGGUGAAUGAAGGGAAAAGACUCUUCUCUAGCAUGAUGGAGGAGUACAAGUUGUCUCCAGGUUUAGAACAUUACACUGCAAUGACAAAUCUUUUAGGACGUUCUGGUAAGCUUAGAGAAGCUUGUGAGCUUAUCAAGAAUAUGCCUAUUGAGCCAAAUGCUGCUGUCUGGUAUGCACUUCUUACUGCAGCCAGAAUGUAUACUGAUAUCAAGAUGGCAAACCUUGCAGCAAGACAUUUGUUCCGUUUGGAGCCAAGGAACCCUGAAGUUCAAAGGCUUCUAUCACAUGCACAAGAUUUAUAUGAGAAUCCUAGCAUUGCUUCAAAAGUGUGCAAUCUUAAGAAAGCUAUCCAGAUUGGUGAUGCUCAUGGUUGUUGUUGGAUGGAAGUCAAUAACCAAGUGAUGACCUUCUUAAAUGGAGGCCAAAUUUUGCAAACUAAACUAGAUGAAAUCAAUAGCAAAGUAGCACCUAUGAAGGCAGUUACAUCUUUUUUGGAUGACAUUAUACUUGAGUUUGAAGAAGAAAAGGAAGAGAUCAUUGGCACGCAUUCUGAAAAGCUAGCAAUUACUUUUGGCCUUGAUAAUUUGCCUGCUUUUAGGGCCAUUCGGAUCAUUAAAAGUGUACGAAUGUGUUCAGAUUGUCAUAUCACUUCAAAGUUAAUUUCUAAGACAUAUAAGCAUGAAAUAUUGAUCAAGGAUCGAUAUUCUUUUCAUCACUUCAAAGAUGGGAAAUGCUCUUGCAGAGAUUACUGGUGAGCCAAAGAUCAAAAAAAAAAAAAAGGUCCAAGGAACUUGUUGAUUUGGAUUUUCUUUGCCACUGAGAAUCAUUUUUAUUAUUUCAAUGUUAUGGUCCAAUACCACUAUAUUUUCAACCAUCUCAUGUCACUUGGUAUAGGAGUUAUCGAGACUGUUCAUAUCCCUUGUAAGAUAUUGCAACUUUUUUUUUUCUUUCAGAAAGUGCUGUUAGAUCGUGUACAGUGACAUCGAAAGUGUAAAAUUCCCCUGAUAAAUAAACAUAAAAGAAAUUCUCUCA